AUGCUUCAAAGUCUGCACGGUGGUAGAGUUCUGCCUUUGUUCUCCCUCCUGUUGCUGGUGUGCACCGCUACUGCGGACGACUGUGGCAACAAUAUGCGCCGAGAUGACGGAGGCGAUGACAACGGCGAUUGUUCCUCGUCUAGUCAUCAUUUCAGCCGUACCGCGACCUCUACCAGUAGUCACGCAGUCCUUACAGGAAUUCCCUCAAGUGAUUCUGGUGUUAGUCCUUCUCAUGGUGGGAUAAAGGGAGGGGGUAUCGCGGGCAUCGCCAUUGGUAUCGUGCUUGCCUUCUUGCUCCUAGUGCUCCUGAUCUUCUGCUUGCGCCGCAGUCGUCAACGGCGGCGCGUGAGACUUGAAGACGGCUUGGCGACAGCUUCUCAGGGGAACAGAGCUCCCUCCGUAUCACACAGCGCGAACUUUGCACCCGCUAUGCGCACAUAUGGAGAUAUUGCGCCUAUUAGCCCGGAGCUUAGCUCCUCUUCGGUAAUACCCCUCAUCGCAGCUGCCGCAUUAGCAGGGCACGUAACGCCUCGUGCAAAGCACUCCCCGCCAGCGAACCUGACGCGGCCACCAUCUUCGCUUCCAAAUCCACACGAUAUUCAUAACGAGCCACUACUUGCACGGACGACUCAUAGCGACCGAGACCGGGACCUGCCGCCAACUCCGGUAGAAUGUGUCAACGUCCCAGAAGCUAGAGGACUCUCCGACUCAUCCAGCUCUCGCUCAUCCCACCUGCCGUCAUCCUUCUCCGACCCGGCCACGUUUCUUACUCGCGGUGACACGAACCGGACAAGGGCGUCCACGGCGAGUAUGCUACACAGUGAGAUGGCGGCGUACCAGAAGCGGCUUGAGGCGCACCACGAGAAAGAGAUGCAAGUGCGCGACGAUGCCGGACCAAGUGGUGGCCUGCCGUUUGAGCCUCCUCCAGUGUACCAAGAGAUGCUGCCUACAGGCAGUGCGAGCGACCUCGGGGAGAUAAGUCACGAGAUGGUAAUGCAUCGAGAAUAA